CGUGGUAAAACUCCGUGCUGCCCCAGCUCUACAUACAAGCAAGUGGUAGUACAAAGAAAAGUUCAGUGAAAGUAGGUAAAAGUAGUUUAGUCAUGAUGAUGUCGUUGUAUAUGUACUAUGCGUAAAGAUUUGACAACACAGACGCGGCACUAUCAACAUGGCGUUUUCAAGAAGGGGCGGGUGGCUCCACCUCUGUGCCGGGACAAGUCUUACAUUUUGCCUCAUCUCUGGCGGUGCAGCGCUGAAAUUUCCUCCGGAAGAUCAGGAUGCGCAACUCGCAGCACUUGCGGGAGGCCCUCCGCCCUCUGUAGACCAUGAGAAGAUGGUAGCUGAUGCUGCUGCAGCUAGGGAGAAGGGUAGAAGUCGAGAUUUACAUCACACUUCUGGUUUAGAUGAACUCAGUACCAGAAGUAUCACAAGUAAAAAUUGACUCAGACUCAGAAAAUCAAAAAUUGGCAGGUACGCUUAAAAUAGGUAGUUAACUAGGUAGUUAAAUAGUUAGAUUUCAAGAGACUGGUCCAGGAAAGGCAGGCGAUCCUGGUGCAUUGUGGUCCAACUGGCGUGGCAAGUGAAAGGACGGCAUACACCAUCCAUGCGCAAACUCGUGGAACAAGGCGGAUCUAGUAGAAAUUUGCCCAACAGUGGCUCCGUGGAUCCACGUCUCUUGAAAUCUAACUAUUUAACUACCUAGUUAACUACCUAUUUUAAGCGUACCUGCCAAUUUUUGAUUUUCUGAGUCUGAGUCAAUUUUUACUUGUGAUAAGAAGUAGACAGUGUGUUAUGCCAGUUAGAACGGUGGCUGUAAAAACUACCUCAAGAAGCAAUCGUACUCUUAGAACUAGAAGGUGUAACAAGAAGUGCAUCAAUAGAUCAGUUGGUACUGUACAACUACUUGCUUUCGCUGGUUGUAAGUUGCGCAAGUUCGAAGACAGACAUCGCGAAAAAUAGGAGCGCGAUUUGUAGUGUGCAUGCAAAUAACAUUUUUAACAUGUUUAUCUAUUAGAGAGAUCCCUUUUGUUUUGACAGGAGAGACCACAAAGAACGUUGGUCUCCCUGCCUGGUGGAUUUCUCAUUUUUCAAUUCUACCAGAGCUCGCAACCUUCGGCAAUAGCUUGGCGGUGCGGCCACGAGGGGAACCCUACCAAAUGUUUAAGUCGUCCUGUCUGAGCUUCGUCGAGGACAAGGCCGAAAAGUGUGGCUAUAACCCGGAUCGCUUGCACUACUUUUAUGGAGAUGAACUUUCUGGAGAUGAACUUCCCUCAAUUUUGUUUAGGCUUGACAUUUAGAAGUGGAGCUCAAAUUUGUGGAGCUUGAAUUGAUUUAGACAUUUAGAUUUAGAAAUGGGGGAAGUAAGCGAAUUUCGGGUUGUAUGGCUCUGGUACUUGGUAACCUGAAUUUGAUCACAAGGAUUGCCUUCUUGUUUUCCUUAUGAUCAAAAUCAGGCUACCAAAUUAUACCAGAACCAUUCACGGGUCGUGUGGGUCUGAAGAUUUAGUCGGAAAGAUUAUAUUAAAAGUAGAGUAAAAGUCUUUUAUGCAGCCAGCCGAUGCGACCUACGUUAAUGUAUAUCUAAUUCUCUCUACCUGCGUGUACCUGGGGUCCGGAGCUGUGUGGUUUCCUCCUCGAGAAGUUGAAGCAAGUAGUCGCUUCUUUCUAUGUUGGUUCUGCUGCUGGUAGUGGUGGAUCAGCACCUUCUCCAGGUAGUAGUGCUAGUGCUGCUGGUUCGAUCUCCGCGUUCAUCGAGACUUCUGCGUCCAAACAACCUGCAGCUGGAGCCGUGGGCUCGCUUGAGGCAGGAAGUAGUCCGUUGCUUCCAGUAGAAAUGUUAGCUCCGCAACCGCUAUGAAGAGAAAAAGGUACACUCACACUCGAAAUACAUAGUGCUCAUUUUUGAGGAUAAGAAAAAGAGUUUAAGACUAGAAAUUCGGAGUGUAUCUUCGAGUGUAUUUUUGCUCUUUCAUAACCGCCGGCUUUGUCACCUGCGGAAGCGUACUGUGGACAGGUGUUUAAUCUGUUGCAGCAACGAAAGAUGCAUCAAGCGAUUCGCGAUAUAGUCGAGGACGAAAUGCAAGCCGGUAGCGGAAGCGCGCCAGGCAGUAUCGGGUCGGGGUCGCAAUAGAUGCGAAGUAAAAGAUUCAGCUUCUUCAAGAAAUUCAGGUUCAUCGUGAAGACAUUCUGACCUUGUGUCAUUCUCAUUGGAGGUGCUGGGCCGGGCUUGGACUUUGGACUUGGAACACAACAACAACAAAAUGACUCUGACUCAGGAGUUCUAGUUAAGAUUAGAAAGACCUUAUUUGAUUUAGACAAUUUUUUUCCGAUGGAUUCAUCAGAUGGAGGAUUCCUGACCGAGGACACUUUUUUUUCCCUCACAAAAUACUCACACCCUGCACAGCGAUGAAUCAUCGCUCUGCUUGUGCGGUGCACCACGAUAACAAGCGAGGUCAGCAGGUGGCGAG